GUCUCUGUGUUAAUUCCCUGUCUGCCAGUUCUGUUCUGCAAGACAAUAGGAUUGUCUGGCCAACACAACCUUCUACUUGUAUGUUAAAAGUAACAGGACUGGUUUAUAAAUAUCAAAAGAAUAAUGCCGACUAAUGAGGAUAGGAUAAAUAGAACAGCAAACUAGAGUUAGGAGUUCAGUCCAUGUAAGAGAACAGUCUGUACAGAGGAGCACGUGCACUGUUGUAACUGGAAUACCCGCCGAGCCGCAUUGAAGCCUAAUCCGUGCCUGUAACUCGGUCCUACACAGAAUCGACCAACAGAAUGGACCUGGAAGAACUCCUGAGGGACGCAGACGACUUGGUUCAGCCGUCUACCGGAGGAUCGGCCGUCACAAAAGUUCGUGGUACCGGGCAGGCUUCGUUCCAACCGACUGUCAGUUCCACCGGGGAGGUCGUCGGGGUUCGCAACACGAUCCUACAAAGCAGUCACCCGGUCCGACUGUCGGUGCCCCGCUAUGCCAGUACGAAUCCGAUGAGCCAAUGGCUGUACGUGUCUGUACACGGCGGCGGAUUGGCUGAGGGACAGGACAUGGUGGUUGACGUCACAGCGGGGAGAGAAUGUACCGUGGUCGUCACUACGCCGUCGUUUACAAGGGUACUGCAGGGCGACAGACUGGGCUGCGGACAGACCCUGCGUGGUACAGUGGAGAAAGGUGCACUGCUGGCGUACCUUCCAGAUCCGGUGGUCUGCUAUGGUGGAGCAACAUUCCAAAAAGAGCAGGAGUUUUACCUUGACGACGACGCCAGCCUUGUUGCCGUUGACUGGUUGACGGCAGGACGGGUUGCCCUGGGCGAGAGGUGGGAGCUGAAAGGCUAUCGCACAACAACUACUAUCUACAUCGGAGGGAGACGCGUUUGCGACAACGCGACGGCUUUGGGGAACGGUUCCCCCCACAGUCUGUGGCACAGAACGCAAACUGUCAUGGGAAAUCAUGACGUCAUCGGCACCUUCGUUCUGAUUGGUCCAGCUACGGUCGGAGUCUAUCAAAGGAUACUACAGGGAGAUUUGAACGGCAGACAGGAAGGCAUCGACCUAAAAGCGACUCCUAUCAACAAAGACAAAAACAGCAACGAAGUGGUCGGCGUCAAUGUAAAGUUUUUUGCUGAAACGACACAACAGGUCUACGAUCUUCUUCGUGGCAUACUGCAGGAUCUUAUCCCAGUUUUUGGUGGUGACCCAUUCCGGAACAAAUAGCAAGAUGCAAUUUUACAUGAUACAUGGUCAAUCAUAAUGUUGCAAUCUGAUAUAUUUUCAUUUUAAACAAAUUGGACUUGAAGCAAAUUGGACUUUAAAAAAAAAUUGAAAUUACUUGAAGCACUCCCUCCAAAAUGAUAAACACUUAGAAAAUAUCUAAUUUUGUCAAAACCUUCCCUAUCCAUCAGAUAACGUGAAAUAAAAAUAUGAAUUGAGUAUAACGGCAAAGAGAUCUGUUGCUAGGAUUGCAAUAUUUUCAGAUACUCUUUUCAACCAUGUCCAUUGCAUUCAGCACCAAGGACAGGCCUAUCUUCAUUCAACCUUCAUGAUGCUUAGCAAUAGAGAUAGUUCAAACAUGUGUAGGUUUGCUCUACCAUUCGCUUUGAGGCGUUCAGCACUUGGGGUAAUCUGUUCGCCUGUCAUUGGAUGGCGUUCAGUACUAAGGACAGUUAAGGACACGUGUUUGCCAGUACGUUUAAGGCAGUCGGCACUUGGGACAGUCUGUUCACCUUAAACUGAAUAAUGUUAAGCACUAGGGGUAAUUAAACAGAAAUGUUCGUCUGUUUCUUUUAAGGUAGUCAGCACUUAGGACAGUUUGUAAUUUACAUGGAUGGCGUUCAGCUCUAGCAAUAGUUAAAAACAUACAUCUUAAUGUGCGCUUGUCCUUUUAAGGCGUUCAGCACUAGGAUUUGUUUGUUUUAGCACUUAACACCUGUAAUGAUAAUAAUAAUAUCUGGCGUAUUUGCAGCCAGUAGGUACCCAAUAUUGGGCAAUAGGUUGAUUUACGUAGUCAAGGCGCCUCCUCGAGUACGGUACCCGUUUUACGUCCCUUCCGAAAGAUGAAUUCUACGAAUGCUUGGUGUUGUAAGGCAUUCAACAAUUCUGCUUCUCUCUAUGCAUAUAUCCCUAAGGUUUUAAGGAAGCAAUGUAAAUGAUGUUACUGACGUGUCUGUAAAGCCUAGUCAUAAACGCAGAAAUAUUAAAAGACUAAAAGCA